AUCCUUUCCCUCCAUGUUCCUAAAAACGGCUUGCCCCGACUCAAUAGUGGAUGUGCUGUCCACGCGCACAGGCCCCGACACCAAUAUCAGCCGAUAUAUAUCCUCUUUUAGAACGAUCUGGUCCCGGCCUUCAAAGUAGAGACAACCAUAUCUGCCGUAUCGGUCUGGGUCGGAGGACGAAAUUGAUGCUGCGAUAAGCUCUUGUUGCCCUUUUCCUUCAGUCUUCUCCUCGAUCCACUCAUAUUUGCAUUGAAGCUGACCAUCCACCAUCAGAUACCAUGAGUGAUAAACCACUGCGUGAUCGUUUCCAGCAUGUCAAAUGUCGAGUUCUCGUCAUCGGUAGGGCGAAUGCAGGGAAGACGUCCAUCUUACAAAGAGUCUGCGAAACGACGGAGAGCCCGAAGAUAUACAGGGUUAGCGGAGAUUUCCGUAAAGAGAUUCACCUCAACCCUACUAUUCAACGUGGCAAUCACGAUAUCGAGGACGAGCUUAUAUUCACCAAUCACGAGGGUUAUGUUUUCCAUGACUCUUGUGGUUUUGAGGCUGGCAACGAAGAUGAGCUACGAACAGUCCAGGAUUUUGUGCACAGAAAGGUGACUAAGCGCCGGUUGCGCAACAGGCUACAUGCCAUCUGGUAUUUCAUUCCAAUGGAAAGUGCUCGUCCAGGCUUGGACAUGAAAUUCUUUGACGCUGUUUGUUCAGAUAAAAAUGUGCCUGUGAUUGCAGUUUUCACCAAGUAUGACCAGUUCAAACUAGAUGUUGCGCUGGAUUUGGAAGACAGAUCUGAAGGAAAUGCUACUCCAACCUUGGAGGAUAUCAAUGAAGAGGCAGAGAAGAUUUUUCUGGAUCAAUACUGGAGUGUAAUAAAGGGGAGUUCACCAAAAUAUGUCAGGUUGGAAAAUAUGCACAAGCCUGGUGCAAGCUGCAGUGCCUUGAUCAUAGAGACAGCAAAUGCAUUGCAUGAUGAUGUGCUAAGACAUGUGCUAAUUGCAGUGCAAAGGGAAGGUCAAAAGAUGAGUGUGGAAAUGGCAGUGGAGAGUGUAAAUCUUGAGAGUGAUGGAAGAAGCAUUCUUAGGACAUGUAUUGGGUGCUUUCCACACCUAUGGGUAUGUACACAAAGCUUGUGCUACAUGGCUGAUGCCUCAUGGUUUCCCUGCCAUUGAUGUUCUUCAGCUUGAUGUAAGUGAUCUCAUGUGAUGAUAGUGUACUGAAAGUUCAUGGUUUCCCUGCCAUUCCUGCUCUUCAGCUUG